AUGUUUUCAAUCGAUGUGUACAACAGCGUGUUCCAGUUCCCGCCAAUAUCCAGUAACUUUGCACAAGCACUGAAGAGGCCUAUUCAUCCACCACCUACCCGCCAGCCUGUCCAUCCGCCAGUCCACCAUUCUGGGCCCCCAGGCCUAUUCAUCCACCACCUACCCGCUAGCCUGUCCAUCCGCCAGUCCACCAUUCUGGGCCCCCAGGCCUAUUCAUCCACCACCUACCCGCCAGCCUGUCCAUCCGCCAGUCCACCAUUCUGGGCCCCCAGGCCUAUUCACCCACCACCUACCCGCCAGCCUGUCCAUCCGCCAGUCCACCAUUCUGGGCCCCCAGGCCUAUUCAUCCACCACCUACCCGCCAGCCUGUCCAUCCGCCAGUCCACCAUUCUGGGCCCCCAGGCCUAUUCAUCCACCACCUACCCGCCAGCCUGUCCAUCCGCCAGUCCACCAUUCUGGGCCCCCAGGCCUAUUCAUCCACCACCUACCCGCCAGCCUGUCCAUCCGCCAGUCCACCAUUCUGGGCCCCCAGGCCUAUUCAUCCACCACCUACCCGCCAGCCUGUCCAUCCGCCAGUCCACCAUUCUGGGCCCCCAGGCCUAUUCAUCCACCACCUACCCGCCAGCCUGUCCAUCCGCCAGUCCACCAUUCUGGGCCGCCAGGCCUAUUCAUCCACCACCUACCCGUCAGCCUGUCCAUCCACCAGUCCACCAUUCUGGGCCCCCGGGCCUAUUCAUCCACCACCUACCCGCCAGCCUGUCCAUCCUCCAGUCCACCAUUCUGGGCCCCCGGGCCUAUUCAUCCACCACCUACCCGCCAGCCUGUCCAUCCGCCAGUCCACCAUUCUGGGCCCCGGGCCUAUUCAUCCACCACCUACACGCCAGCCUGUCCAUCCGCCAGUCCACCAUUCUGGGUCCCCAGGCCUAUUCAUCCACCACCUACACGCCAGCCUGUCCAUCUGCCAGUCCACCAUUCUGGGUCCCCAGGCCUAUUCAUCCACCACCUACCCGCCAGCCUGUCCGUCCGCCAGUCCACCAUUCUGGGCCCCCAGGCCUAUUCAUCCACCACCUACCCGCCAGCCUGUCCAUCCGCCAGUUCACCAUUCUGGGCCCCCAGGCCUAUUCAUCCACCACCUACCUGCCAGCCUGUCCGUCCGCCAGUCCACCAUUCCACCAUCCUGGGCCCCCAAGCCUAUUCAUCCACCACCUACCCGCCAGCCUGUCCAUCCGCCAGUCCACCAUUCUGGGCCCGCAGGCCUAUUCAUCCACCACCUACCCGCCAGCCUGUCCGUCCGCCAGUCCACCAUUCUGGGCCCCCAGGCCUAUUCAUCCACCACUUAUCCGCCAGCCUGACCGUCCGCCAGUCCACCAUUCUGGGCCCCCAGGCCUAUUCAUCCACCACCUAUCCGCCAGCCUGUCCAUCCGCCAGUCCACCAUUCUGGGCCCCCAGGCCUAUUCAUCCACCACCUACCCGCCAGCCUGCCAUCCGCCAGUCCACCAUUCUGGGCCCCCAGGCCUAUUCAUCCACCACCUACCCGCCAGCCUGUCCGUCCGCCAGUCCACCAUUCUGGGCCCCCAGGCCUAUUCAUCCACCACCUACCCGCCAGCCUGUCCGUCCGCCAGUCCACCAUUCUGGGCCCCCAGGCCUAUUCAUCCACCACCUACCCGCCAGCCUGCCAUCCGCCAGUCCACCAUUCUGGGCCCCCAGGCCUAUUCAUCCACCACCUACCCGCCAGCCUGUCCAUCCGCCAGUCCACCAUUUGCUGCCUCCACGCACGGCCUUGAUACCCAGUGA